CGACUGCGCUGGUUUGCAGUCAUCGGGCAGCCGAAAGGGAACGCGGCGGAAAAAAAGAAGAACUGCUGGAAAAAGGAGGAAAAGGAGAGAAAGGGGAGGAAAAGGAAUGACAAGGUUGGAAGACAACUAUCUUUACGGUUUUCAUCUUUAUUUCCCCCAUCUGAUCCACACCAAAGUCGAUAAAAAAUGGCCGACUAAAGAGCGCCAGUGACAAAGGGUCAGAAUCAGGAGCCAUGCUGACGUCGGUCAAAGGACAAAGCAGGAGUCUGAAAGCGCUGCACUUCCUGCUGGGUCAGUAGCAACGCAAUGACAACAAAAGGUGUGCUCCUGGUUCUUCCAGGGGUGGGGAUUUGUCUGGAACUGAUUCCACUGGCCUCGCAGGUUCUGCUCCAGUCUAACUCCAACUUUACUGUGGUAUGUUCCGGCUGGAGCGAGGUGUCCUGGCGCUUGCCGUGGCGGGAUCCUCACGGGGGCGACGUUGUAGUGGAGAGGCAGGGAUCCCGCAGCAUCCUGCAGCUCUUCAACGCCAACUGGAGGAAUUCUGGGAGAUACGUCUGUGAAGAGUCAUCAUCCGAUCAGAUCAGGGAGAUGGACAUCUUCGUACCUGGACAAGGUCCGGACGAGUGGUUUGUUCCGGUGGGCUCAGGUGUGGUGAUGAAGCGUGAGGACGAGGACACCAUCCCCUGCGUGGUGUCCGACCCACUUCUGAAUGUCAGCGUGUACGAACGCGGGGAGAAAACGGCGGUGCCUGGGCUGACGUACAAAGCCGGUCGCGGCUUCACCGGACGCCUCAACGACUCGUCGUACGUGUGCCUGGCCUCUGACGGUUUGGAGGAGAUGCGGUCGCAGGUCUACUAUGUCUUCAGCGUCUUAGUUGCCAAGGAGAUGCAGGUGGACUUGACGGCAUCCAGCACCAUCUUGAAGCGGGGCCAACAGCUGGUCGUCAACUGCAGUGUCCAAGAUGUUGACAUGGUCUACUUCUCGUGGAGCUUCCCCCGCAAAGACGAAUUUCAGGCGCUCACCGAGUUGCUACCCAAUCAAAUCCGUUCAUUUGUGAACAUCCCCUCAGUAACGCUGGCGGACUCUGGUGUGUACGUAUGCGCAGUCCAGGAACCACUGCAGGGAGGGCGAGUGGAGCACAACAUCACGAUAAACGUCCUCGAUCGGGGUUACGUUUCUGCACGUGCAAGUCAUGACGCCAACGUGACUUCGCUGGUCGGCCACACGGCGGUACUGCGGCUGGCGGUGGACGCCCACCCUCCGCCGAGCGUAGCGUGGCACAAGGACAACCGGAGCAUUGUCGUCGCCACAGAAACAAUCGGCAUGUCGAACACCCGCCUGACGGCCGGCAGAUACGUGAGCACGCUGACCUUGGCGAGGGUGCGCUUGGAGCAGACGGGAAGCUACGUGGCCAGCGUCAGCAACGAAGAUGACCAGCAGGAAGUUGUCUUCUUCUUAGAAGUUAAAUCACCGCCGAGGAUCACAUCGCUGACGGAGUCGGGCACUCGGGUUAUGUUGUGCGUCAGUGAAGGAGCUCCGCCCCCUUCUGUCAACUGGUUCACGUGUCACAGUGUCCACGGGUGCACUAACGGGACAGGGAGCUGGACAGGCCAGCCGGGCACGGUUCUGCAGGAGAACGUCACUGUCCUGGCAGACACGGGUGUAUCCGAGGUGCGCAGUGUGCUGAGGCUGGAGACCGCCAAGACCUUGACGGCCAUCCGAUGUGAGGCUUCAAACUCUGCUGGACGACGAGCCCGAGACCUCAGACUGGCGUCACCUUCUCUCUUGUCCCAGGUGACCAUGUUGGCGCUGGUCCUGGUUCUGGUGGUCAUCGCCAUCAUCUUCCUGCUCAUUCUCAUCAUCUUGUGGAGAAAAAAACCUCGUUACGAAGUCCACUGGCAGCUUAUUGAUUCGGUGAGCCCUGAUGGACAGGACUGCACCUUCCUGGACCCCGCCCAGCUCCCGUACGAUGUCGCUUGGGAAAUACCCAGGGACAACAUUGUUCUCGGUGAGGUUUUAGGUUCGGGGACUUUCGGCAGAGUGGUGGAGGCCAAGGUGUCGGGUCUGCUCCGGGACCAGAACACCACCAGAGUGGCCAUCAAGAUGGUCAAAUCUAACAGCGGCGCGGGUCAGUUGUUGUUGUCCGAGUUGAAGGUUUUGUGUCAUCUGGGUCCUCACGUGAACAUCGUCAACCUGAUCGGAGCGUGCACGUCAGGAGCUCCCGUCUAUGUCGUCACUGAGUUCUGUCGCCACGGAGACCUGGCGAACUACCUGCGACGCCACAAGCACAAUUUCGUACAUUGCAGCACACAAGCUAAGAGAGAGGCGGACGGAGGUUACAUGGACGUGAUGGGCAACCGGGAGGGCGGAGCCGGCGGCGAUGACGGCGCGGCCUCAGACCAGCAGGAGGCGUCGUUGCCCCUCCUCAGUGAUUCUACCGUGCUGGGCGUCAGCGACCUCCAUAGUUUCUCCUUCCAGGUUGCCCAUGCCAUGAACUUCCUGUCAUCACGCAACUGCGUCCACAGAGACCUGGCGGCCAGGAACGUCCUGGUGUGCGAGAACCGGCUGGUCAAGGUGGGCGACUUUGGCCUGGCCCGAGAUCUGGUCAAGGAUCAGGACUACGUGGCCCGAGGACACGCCUUGCUGCCACUUAAGUGGAUGUCCCUGGAGAGUAUUUUCCAAAGUGUUUACUCAGCGCAGAGCGACGUGUGGUCCUAUGGGGUUCUGCUGUGGGAGAUCUUCUCUCUGGGUGAAAGUCCGUACUCGGACCUCCCCAUGACGAACCAGUUCUACGUGGCACUGAAGAGAGGACACCGCUUGACGCGGCCACAGAACGCCGAUUCCAACAUUUACGACGUGAUGCGGGCGUGUUGGAGCGAGCAUCCCGGUUCCAGGCCGACGUUCUCGUCGUUGGUGGCAUCUCUGGACGCCACCUUGACAGAGGACUGCCGAAAGACGUACGCGAGGCUGAGAGACGACUUCCUGUCAGGUGACCACCCGGCCGUCGUCCGAUCCCGACUGACAUCCGUGACCGUCAGCGUGCCGAGCGACACCAACGGAAGUACCGCCUCCGAGGCCAAUCUUCACCUGUUGGCGACAGGGCCGGAGGAGGCGGGACCUUCCCAUGGCGACUACGUCCUUCCUGUCAUUGCGGAGACACACAACGGUGGCGGCGCUGCGCUGGACGCAGACAGGACUCAGGACUCGGUGACCUCACAGAAAGUGACAUCGUCGCCCGAAAAAGAGGAAGAAAGCUGCGUGUGAGAAGCAUGCACAUAUAGCAUGAAAACAUACAUGUAACAGACACUAUAUGAUGACAUGAUAGUGACACAGUACUCCCCUCAUUUCUUUGAUAUCAACUUAUUAUCCAUCCUCAACAUAAAUUAAAAACAUUUGAAAUUCCA